AGGGAUUUCACAAACCUCGGCCACCUACGAUCGUCUCGGAUAGCUGAUGUCUGCUCUACGAGCAGAUGUAGAGCUUGUCAUCCGUGCAUCUUCCCCCUCUCUCUAGCUACGAGGCAUUACUUCGGCCCCCCUUUCUUCGCCGGCCCGACGUUGGAAAUCUUAGAUGCAGCAGGAAGGAAGACGCGAUGAGCGAUGCUGUACACUUUCCAAACGAAUACCCACCAUGCUCAGGAGCGCCAGCGCAUCCACCAACAUCACCCGCCUCCUUUCGAGGCCUGUUUGCACCCCGAGACCGGCGCAUGCCCUCAUGCGAUAUCAUCCGUCAAUCAGCGAUAGAGCCAGGUAUUGCAACGUUGGCUUGGCGGGAGGGAGGUUCUGCAGAAUAGGAGGUUCAAGUCUACCCGAUUUGCAACCUCCUCUUAGCCGACUCGCUGUGCUUAUGCCCGCCCAGAACAUCUUUCAAGACUCCUCGCUUCUACCAGUUAACAGAACGCCAUGCAAGGUCAUGCCGUCGAGGAUGAUAACCCGACGCAGACAACAUCCGAAGCGUCAGAAAGGCGGCGCCCCUCGCUACGGCGCCGGAGAUUCCGGCAAACUCCGACAUCGGGUACCCACCACCACGCCUGAGACGCGGCGUUCACGGCGAUCCAAGGUUAUAGAAAUCACAAAUUCUCUGCAGCUGUUGCGAGUUACGCAUCUUCUAUGGUCCCACGCAGCAUCCAGCCGACUACAUCCCGCGGACGCGGGGAUCAUGACCUAGUAGUCCUUCACAUUAAGCGAGGAGCCCUUGUUGGUGCACGGCG